AUGAGUCGUCUACAGAAGCGAGGGAAGCAGGAGAAGCCUGUUGUAGUAUCUGAUGGAGCUGUAAAGGUUAUUGUUGCUGUUAAAGCGUCUAGAGAGAUUCCAAAGACAGCUUUGAUUUGGGCUUUGACUCAUGUUGCUCAGCCUGGGGAUUGCAUUACUCUCAUUGUUGUUGUCCCUUCUCAAAACUCUGGAAGGAAACUUUGGGGUUUCACUAAGAGUUUCCCUAUGUUUGCUGGGGACUGUGCAAGUGGUCAUAGGAAACCACAUUCUGAAGCACUACCAGAGAUAAAGAGUGAUCUCACUGACACUUGUUCCCAAAUGAUUCUCCAGCUUCAUGAUGUCUAUGAUCCCAAUAAGAUAAAUGUCAAGAUUAAGAUUGUUUCUGGCUCUCCCUGCGGAGCAGUUGCUGCUGAGGCAAAGAAAGCGCAAGCAAACUGGGUAGUACUAGACAAACACCUCAAGAAUGAAGAGAAACGGUGCAUGGAUGAAUUGCAAUGCAACAUUGUGGCGAUGAAGCGUUCUCAGGCAAAAGUUCUGCGUUUAAAUUUGGUUGGUUCGCCUAAGAAGGGUGCUGAGAUAGAGUCUCCUUUACUAAUCGGACCUGAAGCAGCUUCUGAAAAGCACAAAAAGAACACAAAAGGAUCCUCAGAUUCUGACAGAGGACUACCUGUAACUCCAACCAGCAGCCCUGAGCUAGGGACACCAUUCACAAGUACAGAACCCGGGACUUCAUCAGUGUCCAGCUCCGACCCGGGAACUUCACCUUUCUUCACUUUGGGAAUGAGUGGAUACAUGAAGAAAGAUGGAGCAUUGGUCAUCAAGGAGAAUGAUGACUCCGGCUCCGAAACAGAGAGUGAAAACCAAUCAUUAGCGUCAACUAGUAAGAGAUUCCAGCCAUGGAUAUCAGAAUACAUUAGCCCCCAUCGCCAUUCAUCUCUGGACGCUGAGGAAAGCUUAUGGAAAAACGACGACAGGGCUCAGAUAACCACUACAAAGGCUUUGCUUGAGAAGUUCAGUAAGCUAGAUGUAGAAGCUGGGUUGUCCUCUAGUCGAAGGAUGGAACUGGAGUUUAGUGGAAGUGUAAGAGACGCAAUAUCACUCUCUCGAAACGCUCCUCCUGGUCCACCUCCUCUCUGUUCUAUCUGCCAACACAAGGCGCCUGUAUUUGGGAAACCUCCAAGGCUGUUUUCAUAUGCUGAGUUAGAGAUUGCAACGGGUGGGUUUUCAGAGGCUAACUUCUUGGCUGAGGGUGGAUAUGGAUCAGUUCAUCGUGGUGUACUACCAGAAGGUCAGGUAGUUGCAGUAAAGCAACACAAACUGGCUAGUUCUCAGGGAGAUGUAGAGUUUUGCUCUGAAGUGGAAGUUCUCAGCUGUGCUCAGCAUAGGAACGUUGUUAUGCUGAUUGGUUUUUGUAUUGAAGAUAGGAGACGGCUCUUGGUUUAUGAGUAUAUAUGCAAUGGUUCACUUGACUCCCAUCUAUACGGUCGCCAAAGGGAGACACUGGAAUGGUCAGCACGGCAAAAGAUCGCUGUUGGAGCUGCAAGAGGUUUAAGGUAUCUUCACGAAGAGUGCAGAGUUGGCUGUAUUGUCCACAGAGAUAUGCGUCCUAACAACAUCCUCAUCACUCAUGACAAUGAGCCACUGGUUGGAGAUUUUGGUCUAGCGAGGUGGCAGCCUGAUGGAGAACUGGGUGUAGAGACACGAGUUAUUGGAACAUUCGGAUAUUUAGCUCCAGAGUAUGCUGAAAGCGGGCAGAUCACAGAGAAAGCAGAUGUCUACUCGUUUGGGGUUGUUCUAGCUGAGCUAGUCACUGGCCGCAAAGCCAUUGAUAUUACAAGGCCUAAAGGCCAACAAUGCCUCACUGAAUGGGCACGUCCGCUACUAGAAGAUUAUGCAGUGGAUGAACUUAUCGAUCCGAGGCUUGGAGACCGCUUUGUAGAAAGUGAAGUCAUAUGUAUGCUUCAUGCAGCUUCGUUGUGUAUACGUAGAGACCCACAUUUGAGGCCACGCAUGUCUCAGGUGUUGCGUAUACUGGAAGGAGAUAUGAUAGUGGAUGGGAACUACGGAUCAACUCCAGGCUCAGACGCAGGCAACAGAAGUGGGCGGUUCUGGGCGGAACAUUACAGCGGUCAGAUAACGAGAGAUGGGUAUGGGUCGGGUAGGUUCAGUGAAAGGAUGUCUGUUGAAACGCCAAGACUAGCUUUACGUGAGAGGGAAAGAGUGUGGACAGGGAAAGAGGAACAUGAGAAAAACAAAACAAUGAGGGCUUUUCCUAACUCACACGACAUUGAAUAAUCAUGCAUGAGAGAUAAGUCAGCUAUGAUGAAUCUGACUUUGCCUGUCGAUACAGUUAUACAUUUGGGUCCUGGUGUAGCAUUGAUUAUAUGACACUCACUGGACCAUUGAGAAGAUGAUGACAAGAACUUCU